AACGGAUCAACAAGUGGUUUAAGUACACGUGCGCGGAAAUGUGAGAGCAUGCGCCUCUCCCUCUCUCUCUCUCUCACUCAUUGCGCUGUAAAUUUCCGCAAAAACACUUGUGGAUAAAUUGGAUGUGAAAUUAAAUAAAAAAAUGUUGCGAAAGGUGCCAUUAAUAGUGAUAUUGGGCUCUACAGGCACGGGCAAAACGAAACUAUCGCUGGAGCUAGCCGAACGCUUUGGCGGCGAGAUAAUUAGCGCAGAUUCCAUGCAAGUUUAUACAAAUUUGUAUAUUGCCACAGCGAAGGCGACCAAAGAAGAGCAAUCGAGAGCCCGGCAUCAUCUGCUGGAUGUGGCAACACCAGCGGAGCCUUUCACUGUCACCCAUUUUCGCAAUGCAGCGUUGCCAAUUGUCGAACAACUGUUGGCCAAAUCGAAGCCACCAAUUGUUGUUGGCGGCACCAAUUACUACAUCGAAUCCCUGCUCUGGGAUAUACUGGUAAACACCAAGGAUGAGCAGACCGCAGAUGAUACAAACUCAACACACGAACUGAGCACUGCUGAGCUGCAUCAGCAUUUAACCAAAAUCGAUCCGAGUAGUGCGAAUCGCAUUCAUCCAAAUAAUCGCCGGAAAAUUCAACGAGCCAUUGAAGUCUAUCAGAGCACGGGGCAAACUCUGACAACCAAAUUGGCUAAGCAGCGCCAGCAGCCAGGUGGCAAUCGCUUGGGUGGUCCCCUGCGCUAUCCACAUACCAUCCUGCUCUGGCUGCGCUGCCGGCAGGAUGUGCUCAAUGAGCGACUGGACAAGCGUGUGGAUGGUAUGCUGCAUCAGGGACUGCUGCAGGAGCUGCGCCACUUUCACAAUUCCAAUGCGGCUGCCACGCAGCAAGCAUUCACAAAGGGUGUGCUGCAGACCAUUGGCUACAAGGAGUUUGUGCCGUAUCUGACAAAAUAUGACGAUCAGCAGGAUGCUAGUGUGGAGGCGUAUCUAAGCGCUAACAACUACCAGCUGCCCAGCAACGAGCAGCUGCUAAUCAUCGAGAGCAGCGAAUCAGUGCAGUUGGCUGCCAGCCUACAACUGCUACGCAGCUGUUGUGACGAACUGAAGCUUGUGACGCGUCGCUACUCCAAGAAGCAGCUGAAGUGGAUCAACAAUCGAUUCCUCGCCAGCAAGGAUCGACAAGUGCCCGAUCUUUACGAGCUGGACACAAGUGAUGUGAGCAAGUGGCACGAUUGCGUCUAUAAGCGUGCCGAGUGCAUCAUCGGUAGCUAUCGCCAGGAGCAAAUCUGUGAGUUGGAGCCCAUGGCUAAGCGUGUGCAUCCAGGCGCCGAUCUUGACGAGGAGACGAGCAACUUUUGUGCCAUCUGCGAGCGACUCUUCAUUGGGGAAUAUCAAUGGAACCUGCAUCUCAAGUCGAACAAACACAAACGUCGACGGGAGUCGCAGCGACGCAAGGAGAGGCAAGCGGCAGGAAAAGAUGCAGCAACAACGACGGCAGCAACAACUGCCUCUGAGCCGUUGUCUGAUAAGGCGCUGUAAAUUGAGAGACACAAUCAGACAGAAAUCUAUCUUCGAAGUGAAACGUA